UCUGAUGAAACAAAACAAAGCAAAGCAAAAUUGAAACACGAAACCAUGUUCCUUCGUGUUUAGUCCCAAUUGAAUUCCUCGAAAGUGAAAACUCAGUUCUCGUUUUCGUUUUGAGAAACGAAUUUCCCUCUCGAAACUGCAACAACGAAACGCGAGUUCACAGUUCCCGCCAAAACCGAUGCUGGGGUUCACUCUUCCGCUUCAGCUUCAGCUCCGAUGCUACCCCCAACCGUACCUUCCCAAUUCGAUAGCACCCAAACCCUACUAUCCACGCCUUCCUUCACUUCCUCGAACUCUGAUUUCAUCCGGUUGGGUCCGGUUCGGUUUGCGAGCGAGUUUUCAGCCGGUUCGGUCCGGUUCGGUGUUUUCCGAGGAUGAGUUUGGCGUGGAGCUUGGGCGGCUGCUGGCGCUGUUGCCGGAGGAGAUGCGCCGGCGCGUGAGCGACCACCCGGAGCUGCCGCAGUUGAUCGAAGUGGUGAUGGAUUUGGGGCGGAAACCGCUUGCUAGAUUUCCCUCCGGGGAUUUCGUGAUAUCGGAGUAUCCUAUAACUGUUCAGGAUAUCGAGCAUGCCACUGCUCAGGUUGGUGACUUUGCUGUUGAUAAUCGAGCAGGAAUCAGCAGGACAUUGCAUCGGAUCAGUGCCAUCAGAAAUCGCAAGGGCACAAUUAUUGGCCUAACUUGUCGAGUUGGCAGAGCAAUUUCAGGAAGUGCUAUGUUGUUGCAAGAUUUGGUUCAAGAUGGAGCUUCUUUGUUGCUUAUUGGGCCACCGGGGGUUGGCAAAACUACAAUUAUUAGGGAAAUAGCUAGGAUGCUGGCAAAUGAUUACAAGAAGCGUGUGAUGAUAGUUGACACCUCCAAUGAAAUUGGGGGUGAUGGUGAUAUACCUCAUGCUGGAAUUGGUAAUGCUCGACGUAUGCAAGUCCCCAUCUCUGAUAUGCAACAUAAGGUAUUGAUAGAGGCAGUUGAAAACCACAUGCCUCAAGUAAUUGUAAUUGAUGAAAUUGGUACUAAACUUGAAGCAAUGGCAGCGACCACAAUUGCACAACGUGGGAUCCAGCUUGUUGCUACUGCUCAUGGAGUCACAAUUGAAAAUCUGAUAAUGAAUCCUUCAUUAGAGAUGCUUGUCGGAGGAAUACAGAGUGUGACACUUGGGGAUGAAGAGGCCAGUCGCAGGGGUGUGCAGAAGACAGUACUGGAGAGGAAAGGCCCAUCUACGUUUAGUUGUGGAGUGGAGAUUAUUUCAAAAACAGAGUUGCGCAUUCACCUUAGCCUUGAAGCAACUGUAGAUGCUAUUCUUUCUGGUCGUUUUCCAAAUGUAGAAGUACGCAAGAUGAAGUCUCAAGAACAGGAAGAGAUUGUACAAAAUGGGCCUGUUAGUGAAAGUUCUCUUGAAAUAAAUGGUGAACUAACGUUUGAAGAUGCUACAGAGGAUGCUGAUGAUCAAACCAGCCAAAAUGAAUCACUUUUGAAGUUGCCUAUUGACUUGGUAGAGGAUUCCUGGGAGCACAAGUUGCCACUUCACCUGUUUUGUUAUGGGAUUUUAGAGGCAACUGUUAUUCAAGGGAUUAAACAGUUGAAAAUGAAUGAUGCGGCCAUUCAAUUGACUGAUAAUAUUAGUGAAGCAAAUGCUUUACUUGCCUUGCAAUCCAAGCUUAAAAAGAAUCCAGGGAUUCAGGCUGCUGCCAAGUCUCAUGAUAUUCCCAUUUAUGUGACGAAGACGAGUUCAUUGGAGCAAGUAACAAAAGCUAUACGGGCAUUAGUAAGUGAUCAUGAAGAUGGUUUAAAGGAUUCUGUAUCGACAGACAAGAUAAAAGUAUCAGAGAAAAUUGAUGCUUUGGAGGAGGCAAGAAUGGCUAUAGAACAUAUAUUGAUUCCAAAGGGAGAACCUGUGGAUCUACUCCCCAGAUCACCUUGCAUAUUAUCUUUGCAGCUGGAACUUGUUCGUAAAUACCAACUAGAAGCAAGGAGAAUCAGUGCAGAGUCAGGUGUAUAUCUGCGCAUACUUCCAUCCCAUUAUGAGACGGAUGAAGUAAAAACUUGUGAAACUUCUGAGUCCGAUGUUGAAUUUGAUGAUUUUGCCUCUUCUAAUGGAAGUGUCAGUGGCUCAGUCAACAGCUUAGAUAGAUUGCCCCUACUGCCAGAGUAGUUAUUUGGUUUACGUAAUUGUAUAUAUUGUAUCUUAGUCUUAAGUUGUAUACUCGUGAUUAAUGAAGACUUUGAAUAGAUCCACGCAUUGUGCUAUAAAAUUGUACAUCAUAUAAUUUUUAAAUGUGUGGAAAGUCAUUUAUUAAUGUUUCUUUCAAGCAUAAAACAAGUAAUGAGAUGUACAUGUUAAAAACAUUAUAUCUUAUAUUUAUUAUAUCAAAUUAAUAAAAAUUUAAU